AUGGCACCAGAGCUGGAGACCGUUCUGGCAGAAGCACGGCGUUCGCCUUUCACCUCAAGAGUCUCAGGUGUCAGAGUGAGACGCAACCUCGACACCAACAAGAAUAAGCCAAUACCAUACGACGGAAAGGGAGACCCCACUGUCUUCUUGAAGUCGAUGUCUAUCCACAUCGGAAGUUCGUACUUCUCACCAGAAGAGGAAGACGCGGGAAGUUGUCAGCUAUUCGUCGAGAGUCUAACUGGCGAAGCAUUGAACUGGUUUUCAAGACUGAAGGCUAAUUCGAUCGAUGGCUAUGAAGCACUGACAACCGCCUUUCUUCAGCAUCACCAAUGCUUCAUGCGUGUGCCUGCAUCGAAUGCCGACUUGUGGAGAAUGUAUCAAAAGCCUAACGAGUCAUUACGGACAUUCAUGGAAAGAUUUAAAAUUGUCGUAUCCCAACUCGCUAGAAGCGACGAGUCCGCCAUCGGUGCAUUGAAAAACGCGCUCGCUCGUGGCACCAGAUUCAAGGAUGACCUAACAAUCCUCCCCGUCACAAGCUUAGGUGAAGUACUUGCACGUGCUAAUCGGUACAUCCAAGUUGAGGAGGAUGAAAGGAACCCCGACCAACCAAAAGUUACCGAAAAAGUUCCAAGUUCUAAAAACAAGGCCGUGGAAGAAUACUACGAGCCACGCCAGCAUUACAACAUAGAUUACGCCAAGGGCGGAAAAGGGAGGAAGUCAACGAUGUUUGCCAUCGAAGGAAAGGAGCAGACACAGAGCAAGCGUUGGAAUAAGUACCAUCGUGAACCUAAAGGCCCUAGUUACAAGGGCAAGUGCGGAUACUACGAAUUCCACAAAUUCGGUGGUCAUUCCACCGAAGAAUGCAAAACGCUACAAUUGUUGCUACUCCACAAAUACAAAAGAGGAGAUAUUAACGUCGAUCAGGAACGACGAAAGGUUAACACGCACGUGGGCAACCCGUAUUGCUUGGCGGACGAGCAGCAACAUGGUAGGCAGCACAUAGAAGAAAUAGCGCAAAAUGAUCAAGCUCAGGAAGUCGCGCGUUUACCUCCUCACGAUCAACUUGCUCUACCCCCUCCCCCAAAACGGAAUCUUGACAGACAAGAGUUCGAGGAAGCACCAGCUCCUCGCCGAUGA